AUGGCUCUUUCAAUUACAAUAACUUUUAGUAAUAAUAAAAAAAUAUGUGUUCCAUAUAAAAGUACAAUAACCAUCAAAGAAUUAAUUCAAUCGAUAUGUAAAAGAUCAAAUUUACCAAAUGACACCUAUACAUUGGAGAUAAAUGGGGCAGAGCUCUACGAAGAUGACAACCUAGAAGAACUUGGUAUCAAUGACAAUAUGGAAUUGCUUUUAAAAUCUUCAAAUAAUCUAAUGAGCAAUAUUAAUAUUCCAGAAAAUAAUACAACUAUUGCUGAAACUAAUAGUGGUAAUGCUGGUGUUUCAAUAACAACAUUCCAAAAUAGUACAAGCAAUAUUAAUAAUAAUAAUAAUAGUAGUGUUAAUAAUAAUGAAAUAAAAAAUCAAAAUGGAAAUGUUACAAUUAAUUGUAUAGAUAUGAUUGUAUUAGAUUUAUCGGGGUCAAUGAGACUAUCAGCAUUUAAAGGAUCAAAGGUACCUGGUGAAUUAGAAAUGACAAGAAUCGAAUUUGCACAAGCCAUAUUUCAAACUUUUAUUGAUAAAAUGGUAUCAUACGAAUUAUCAGCAGCAUGUGGAUUGGUUUGUUUUGGUUCAUCAGCACAGCUAACAUUUGGUAUUACUCGUAACUUUGAUUCAUUUUCAAAUGAAUUGGGUGAAAUUCAAGCAAAUAUGGGAAAUACACAUCUUUGGGAAGCAAUUAUUUUAGCUGCAAAAACAAUUGUUGACUUUAGAAACAACCCAAAUAUCAAAUUAGCUGCGCCUGAAAAACUUUUAUGCAGAGUAUUUUGUCUAUCAGAUGGUGAAGAUAAUAGCAAUAGCUCUACAAUGCUUGAUGCCUACGACUACUUGAAGAAAAACAACGUUGUUUUGGAUUGUAUUCCAAUUGGUUUAGAAGGUCGUUCACGUUUAUCAGCUCUUUCCACUGCAACUGGUGGUAGUUGUUUUAUCGCUGAUUCAUCUCAAGAAGGUGUUGAAUUGUUCGAAAGAGAGGCUUUACUUUCAUUAGCUCUAAGAGAUAACUUUAAACCUUUCAGUAUAAGUGUUUCAAAUAUUACUGAAUUAGAAAGUUUGGGUGGUGAUUUUAAAAAAACAAUUGAAAGAAAAGUCGAUGCCAAAUUCUCUCCAUCAAUCAUUUGCAAGUCCACUGUUGAUACUGCUGCUAUUGAAUCCUCAGGUAUGUCAAAAUCAUAUUCAGGAAAACGUGUUUUCAAGGAAUACCAAGAACUCAAAGAAGAAAUAAAAAAUGAUAAGAACUCACCAUAUACAGUAUUCCUCAGUGAAAAUGAUUUAACUGCUUGGAAGGUAAUUAUAAGGGGUCCAUCCAACUCACCAUAUGAACAAGGUUUGUUUGUUUUAAGUGUUACUUUUCCAGAUGAAUAUCCAUUUAAACCAAUGACAGUACGUUUCAUAACAAAGGUUUAUCAUUGCAAUAUUAAUAACGAUGGCUAUAUUUGUUUAGAUGUCUUAAAAGAUUGCUGGACUCCAUCACUAACCAUCUCAAAAAUUUUAUUAUCAAUUUCAUCAUUACUAACAACCCCAAACCCAGACGAUCCAUUAGAUGUAGUCAAAGCUGGUGUCUAUAGAGACAACAAAGAAACCUUUAAUACAAAUGCACGUGAAUGGGUUAGAAACUAUGCUGGCUUUACUAUUGCAGAUUUAAAGAAAAUUCAUGGUUUAGAAUAAAUUUUCAAUAGAUUUAAAAAAGAUUUUGUGGAAUAAAAAAAUUAAGUUUUAUAAAAAUUAACAGAUAAUAUAUAAUAAAAAGAUAGUUUUAAGUCAGU